AUGGGUGAGCAAGAUGUAGAAUUGCGUGUGAAGAGUGACACGAGCCAGGUGAAGGUCAGCAACAGUGGCAAGAGUAAACUCUGGUUCUGCGGCUUUUGUGGUGCGUCCUGUGGGGUGCGUGGCAUCCGCUCGCACCUGGCCAAGCCGGCCUCCAAGAAGGGCUGCGCUGGGGUCACGGUGGACGCCCUGCGCGAGUUGGUGUGCUUCGGGGUCAGCGAGGCGGAGCAGAAGAUCGAGGAGCUGGAGGCCAACUCGAAGGAGCCCACGCAGCCCAAAGCGAAGCGACAGGCCACGCCAUCCCCGGCCAGGAAGAAGGCGAAGGUGGAGGCGUCGCCGUCGCCAGGCAGCCCGUUCAAGGGCACGGCUGCGGACGCGGCGAAGGAGUUGGAGAAGAAGGACAAGAAGGAGAAGAAGGACAAGAAGGAGAAGAAGGAGAAGAAGGAGAAUAAGAAGAAAGAGAAAAGAAAACAGCAGGAUGAGGACAAGAAUAGUGAUAUGGCAGAGCCAUCUGAGAAUCAAAAGCUUGCAAAGGCCAAGUCAUCGCCAAACACCAAGGCCUCAAAAGCACCCAAGCUGGAUGCCGAUCUUGAUGCUGAAGCAGUGCAUGAUGCCAACGACCUGCCCUCAGAGGCCGAGGAUGCAACCGACCUCCUGGGCGUAGAUGGUGUCGACGACUCCGAGCUCGGCGAGCUGCAAGCAGUUGGCCUUGUGGCGGACGCUAACGCGGCGCGGCAUAAUCCGUGGCAGCAGUGGCAGGAUGCAUCUCAGGACCUCACAGAGCAGGUAGCGCUGCAAGGCGACGAGCCGGAGUUCCUGAACGAUCAGAGGUUUUGGACAAAAGGACCAACUUGGUGCACUGUUGUCUCUCGCGCAGCGGAUGCCAACAUAGAGGUGGCCUGGAACAGUGCCAGUAUCACUGCAGCCGCCCCGCUCUUGCGCAGACGCACCUCGUUGCUCGUUUCGAAGGUCCUGGAGUUCAAGCAGAAUGAUGGCAUCAUCGUGGAUAAUAGCCGCCGGCAUGACUUCAUGACGGUGUUAAAGUGGGAAGAGAUAACUCCAAGAGACAGAGAAUGGAUGAAAACCUUGAGUGCAGAACAGCAAAUAGUUGUGCUUCCAGCACGGCUUCCAAAUGAAGUGGCUGUGGAGAAAGGUGCUUUGGUAGAAGUGCAGGCUGAGAAUUGGAUCCCGGCUGUUGUCACCUCUGACGCCUUCCACGACCAAGUCUGGGUCAGUGUGGAAGGCAAGCAGAUGGAGGUGGACAAGUCGAAGAUCCGCGCUCGGUUUGAUUUAGUCGCGAUCUUCGGGGAUCGCGAGAAGAGAGCAUCGGCUCAGCUCACCAUCAUGAGCACCAAGUGGAAGGAUCAGAGUGGAUGCGACUUUGGGCAGCACGGCGCCAUUGCCUUGGCUGAAGACGGCGAGUGGGGCACCUACCGGAGAUAUUUUCCGGAUGAACACUUUGUCAACACAGUCAGCACCUUUGUAGGGAAGGUUCUGCAACCGGCCAGCGGCUGUGCCGUUCGGUUCGUUGGGCAGAUGGCGUUUUGCACGGGGUAUCUCAGGCAAAGGUCCUGCGCCGCGGCGUUGCUCAAAGACCUUCAGAAGGCGUAUGCCAACUAUGGGGAAGUGCCAGCCAAGUCCGGAGAGCGGCGAUUCAGUUUGCGAAUCAAGGCCUCCCAGUCCCUAGCAACCAUUUCUGACAUGAUGAGACGAGAGUUGGGCAAGCGACUGCCAGAAAGGAGGAGUUUCAGGUGCUUAUCUUGCUUAGCAGGCCUCCUGAGACACAGACCACGUAUGUUUUCGGCACCUCGGUGGAGGUCUUGGAUUCCGGGCGAUGGCGCGUGGCACAAGUGGAGGAAGUUGCAGAGAAGAUCAAAGUCCUUUGGAAUGACAAAGACAAAACCACCAGCGAACAUGAGCCUCAGAAUGUCCGAGCCCUGCAGCGGGAUGUGGUCAUCUACAGCCUGGACCCCUGGGCGCGGGGCCGCUGCGCUCUGCGUCUCCUGA